GCAAUGCAUUACUUGUUGUAGUAACUUAACUUGUAGUAACGUAAAAAAACUACUUUAUUUCACUACUUCAAUUAUUAAUAAGAAUUGCUCGAGACAUUUAGUUAACCCUGAACUGCGUAACAAAAGAACAGGAAGUGUUUUUCACACCGAAAUACAAGCCACUGAAUAUCGACCAUCAAACACUGUAGCCAGAUCGAUGAUCUUCAUUAUUGCACCUAAAUGCAAGCUAUUCCCGGUGUUUUAAGAUGACAUCCACAUGGACACUACACAGCUAGAAGUUCGACCUCUUCAUAUCGUUGGCUGACCGAUGUUCUUUCUUUAAGCUCCCUCGGUCGAUUCCAACGCCCAAAAGAACCCCACCUGUUUACAGCCAAUUACAUUUAAGUUUCCAACACUCGGAUGACAAAUAUUAAACGAAUCAGAACAGAGGAGAAUUCCUUGUUUACAUUUCUAUAUUCGCCCUAAUCAAGAUGGUUCGAUUCCAUUACUUAAUUCGAUGGUUCUUAAAACGCAAAAAAUGCUAAUUAUUCAUACCAAAUGGGACCGACUUAAUUAAAUGAAAAUAAACACAAAGCACUUAGAUAAACAACCCUAUUCUGUAACUACAAAUCGAAUAGAAAUGAGUAAAAUCGAAUAGAGGUCAGCAAGUCGGAUCGGAAUUUGCAGGAAUUGGUAUUCUGUAACUCAUCUCGAUCUCUACUAUCGAAAUGUUAAAUAGAAAUGGAUUCCGAGUAGACAAGCGCUGUCGAAAUUACAAUUCCGCAUCGGAAUUGGUCUUGACGCUUGCGCAUUAUUGGUAUUAUUGUUUUGACGUUUAUGUUAUUUAAUGGUUAUGUAUUUGUUAAAUAAUAAUUAUUUUUGUAGCUGCGUAAUUUUUUAGCCUGUGGUGUUAUUUGUUAAGAUAAUUGUAUAUUUAAUUUUUGUCGUGUACAAUGGAUGGCCAAAUAGAUAUGGGUAUCAUUCUUGGGAGAGAAAUAGAAGCAGAGCUACAAAGACAACUUUUUAAGUUACAAAGACGAGUUCUUAGGGAUACAAGUAAUCCAUUUGAAAUUCCUGACGAACUUUUUAAAGGUUUAUAUAGGCUUCCAAAACAGAUAGCAAAUAACUUAAUUAAUGAAUUAAAACCAUUCUUAAUGGAUCCACUCAGAAUUACAUUAAUUCCAAUUCAUUUGAAAGUCCUGUGUGCAUUACAUUUUUAUGCACAUGGAAGUUAUCAAAAAAGCGUUGGGCAAGAUUUUUUACUAGGAAUUUUGAGUCAGUCAGUGGUCAGUCGUUGUAUUGGAGAAAUUAGUAGGGUACUAUCAACACAUCUUAGUAGAAGAUAUAUUAUAUUCCCCACCACCAUAGUGGCAAAGAUGUCAGUAGUUCGUGGUUUUAUGGAAAAGUUUAAUUUCCCAGGUGUAGUGGGAUGUAUAGAUGGUACUCAUAUAGCCAUCAUUUCACCACCCAUUGAUCAUCCACAAAAUCCAGGUUUUGUAUACCUAAACAGGAAAGGAUAUCAUAGUAUCAACUGUCAGAUUAUAUGUGAUUCGAAUUUAAAAAUAAUCAAUUGUAAUGCUAGAUACCCAGGAUCCAUGCAUGACGCAGCAAUUUGGAAUAUGUCGAAUGCAAGCAUACAUAUGGAGGAAACCUAUAAUAAUAAUGAACGAGGAUUUUGGUUGUUAGGUACAUAAUAUAUCCAAAAAAACUGUAUAGGCAUAAGUGCAAAUUACUUUCAUGUUCUGAUAUUGUAGGUGAUUCUGGGUAUCCAUUAUAUAUAACCAUGGCUAUUGACACCAGUAGAAGGGGCACAAGAAGGUACCCCAGAAGGUCGAUACACAUCUGCCCAUAUACAUGUCAGGAACACAAUUGAACGCUGUCAUGGUGUGUUAAAAGCACGUUUCCGCUGCCUUUUAAAGCACCGAGUACUACAUUACUGUCCAGUUACAGCGGCAGCUAUUAUAAAUUCCUGUUGUGUUUUACACAAUAUCCUUAUUGCCCAUAAUAUAGAAGUGGAAGACGAAGACAACUACGAAGACUUAAACAGAGUUGAGGGAAAUCCUGCAGAAAAUAAUGAUGGUAAAUUUUUAACCUUGAAUAUGUACAAAGUUUUUCAUAACUCAAUUUGUUUCAGAACCUCCAAAUGCAAAUUUGCUAGGUAUAGGUCGUCGAAUAAGAAACCAACUAAUAAGAAAUUAUUUUAAUUAAAUUAUAUUUGUACACUAACUAAUCUGUUAUAAUAAAGUUUAUAAAAAUUAA